UAUCUUCUAACCAAAUAUGUAUAUAAUGUACCAAAUACCUCCAACUCCAAUGUCCACAGCUAUUACCAUGUCCAUUCAGCUACUAACCGUAACUGUUAUCUUCUUCCUCACCCUCCCAUUUUUGUUGUUGAUUAUCAACAAAAACUCCAAAUCCAGAAAAUCAUCAGCAUCCAAUGUUUUACCCAAGCGUUACCCAAUAAUCGGUUCCUAUUUCGCCGUCAAAUCCAAUCUAAGCAACCGCGUCCAAUGGAUUACACAAAUCCUCCACAACUGCCCCACUGCAACUUACACUCUCCACCACGUCUUGGGUUAUCGCCAGAUCUUUACUGCAAACCCUGAAAAUGUCCGCCAUAUUCUCAAGACCCGCUUCUCCAACUACCCCAAAGGCUCUUUCUUCACUAGCGUUUUCUUUGAUUUUCUCGGCAACGGUAUCUUCAACGUCGAUGGGGAGUCGUGGAAAUUCGAGAGACAAGUUUCCAGUCACGAGUUCAACACCAAAUCUCUUCGUAAAUUUGUGGAAACCAUCGUUGAUACUGAGCUUCACGACCGUUUGAUCCCGAUGCUCUCCGGCGCUGCUUCCGACAAGACCGUGCUUGACUUGCAAGAUGUUCUUCAGAGGUUUGCUUUUGACAACGUUUGUAAGAUUGCUUUCGGUCAUGACCCUGCCUGCUUGUUACCUUCAUUACCGCAAACAGAGUUUGCGGAUGCGUUUGAGGUUGCUACACAGUUAAGUAGCGAGAGGUUUCGAGCUCCAAUUUUAAUAUUUUGGAAAAUCAAGCGAUUCUUCAAUGUCGGAUCGGAAAAGUGCCUCAAGAUUGCAAUCUCUCGAGUUCGUGACUUUGCGAAGAAGAUCGUAAGAGAAAAGAAACAAGAAUUAGCCGGUAAAUCGUCUUUAGAGUCGGUUGAUCUCUUAUCAAGAUUCUUGAAUUCGGGUCAUUCAGACGAGGAUUUCGCUACGGAUAUAGUUAUCAGCUUCAUACUUGCCGGUCGUGACACAACAUCGGCGGCAUUGACAUGGUUUUUCUGGUUAAUAUAUAAACACCCUGAAGUCGAGUAUGAAAUACUAAAAGAAAUCAAAGAGAAAUCGGAUAUGCCAGUGUAUGAGGAAGUUAAAGACAUGGUUUACGUUCAUGCUUCGCUUUGCGAGUCCAUGAGACUGUAUCCUCCAGUCCCUACGGAUGGCAAACUGGCAAUGGAGGACGAUGUUUUGCCAGACGGGACGGUGGUGAAGAAAGGGACGUUAGUGACGUAUGCUCCUUAUGCGAUGGGGAGGAUGGAGAAGAUAUGGGGAUCGGAUUGGUCAAUGUUCAAGCCGGAGAGAUGGUUGGAAAGAGAUGAGGCAGGGAAAUGGAGGUUUGUUGGGAGAGAUCCUUAUACAUAUCCGGUGUUCCAGGCCGGACCCAGGAUUUGUUUGGGGAAAGAGAUGGCGUUCUUGCAAAUGAAAAGGGUGGUGGCUGGUAUUUUAAGGCGGUUCAAGGUGGUUUCGGCGACCGAGGAUGAUGGGUUUCAACCGGUGUUUCUUGCUUAUUUGACUGCUAAGAUGAAAGGUGGCUUCCCCAUCAAGGUUGAAAGGUCUUCACGAUUUAUGGAUUAAAAGAGAGUUAUGAAUACAAGAAAGUGAUUAAGAAAUUUACUAUUAUUAUUAUUAAAUAGGUUUGUGAUAAUGUUAUGUAAAUAUUAUUAUGUUUUGUAGUGAACCAUGCAAAUAUAUAUAAUUGAACUUAUUUUCAAA